AUGGCGUGGCACACCACCACACCUCACCUCAAAAGGGUGCUAGACAGAGUGAUGUCGGCGGGCGGGGAGCGGGGUGGCGAGGCGGCACCCCUGUACGUGUAUGAGUCGAAGGUCCACUGUGCCAACGUGCUGCUGAGCCUGGAGGAGCAGCGGCGGCAGGGCAUCCUGUGUGAUGUGACGGUGCUGGUGGAGGGCAGGGAGGUGCGCGCCCACCGGGCCGUCCUGGCCGCCAGUAGCCGCUACUUCCUGCAGGCCCUGCUGGGACACAAUGGGACAGCGGGGGAGGCAGAGCUCAUCAUUAACCUGCCAGACAAGGUUACAGCUAAGGGGUUUGCUCCACUGCUCCAGUUUGCCUACACUGCCAAGCUUGUGUUGAGCCAGGAGAACAUCCACGAGGUCAUCUUGUGUGCUGACUUCCUUGGUGUUCACAAUUUGGAAGAUUCUUGCUUCCGAUUUCUUCAAGCUCAGCUACAGAAUGACAGCCAACAUGCCAUCAAUGGCAAGAUGGAUUCAGAUGAUGACAUCAUGGUGGAGGAGACACAUUUUUCUGAGGCAAUACCUUUGGAUAAUUCAGCAGAGAGCAGACAGCAGACUAAUCAUGUAGCAACCACUCCGCCACCGCCUAAGUACAGUCCUAAAUACAGGAAGUAUCACUACUCGCUCUCUGACAACAAGCACAAUGGAGAAAAACAUCACGGCGAUGACAAUGUCAUUUUGGCCAAUCAUACCUCAGUCAGCCCUGUUAGCACCCAGUUCCAAGAAAGCAGCGAUGUUUCACAGCCCCUCCUAACUCCCUCCAGAAUCAAAGAAGAACCCUUUGUGUUUGAGGAAGGAGGAGAUAACAGAAAUGGCUGCAACCAAGAAUUGUGUACGGAGGAGGUUUUGGAGAUGGAACUUGAGGUAGAAGGGGUUCCAGUAGCAGCCGAGCAUUCUUCGGACCAAGGCUCACCUUCUUCCUGCCUGCGUUCCUACCUCCAGAGAGGUGGUCUGGAUCUCAGCAGCGUACCCAGCACUACCAUCCAGCAGCUACUUAGCAACAGACUGUCGCUCAACCACUACAGGGAACUAGUCAAAGAUCGGCAGAGGGACAAGAGGGAAUGUCUGGGUCAAGCGGAGAACAUGGAAAGGCCUUUAUCCAAGGCAUCAUCGUCUAAACAUGAAGGAGAACUAGACAGACGCAGCGUCAUUUUCUCGUCAGCAGCUGGUGAGCGACACGUGUUGCCUCAUUCAUACAUAGACGAGAAGUUCAGAGAAAAAGUUUCAGCCUUGAUGCAGGUGGAACCAUCUUCCCCCGGACGAUCGUACCCUGGUCCCAUCAAAACAUCAGCCCAUUCUCCACCUCCCUCUGAACCCCACACCCAGACCUCCAGUUCCCGUUCUUCAUUCUCAUACCCAGACGACGGAGGCAAUGGGAUCUCUCCUUCCAGCCUUCCCCAGUACGACUUCUCCCCAUCACCGCACUCAGGUUCAAUCUCUGGACUGUCUCACUGCUUGGCUGGACUGGCGGAGCAGAGGAACCCCCGAAGUGAAGACGUCAUCUUCUCUCAGGAUGGCACUCAGAUUAAAAGUGAACAGGGAUUUGGUACCAGUGGUAUGAAUUCCAGCGAUGAAUCUGGCUCUUUCUCAGAGGGAGACAGUGAAAGCGGUGUGUCAAGAGUCGCCGGACCUGAGGUGAAGCUGCCCUUUCCUGUGGACCAGAUCACCAACCUGCCGCGCAACGACUUCCAGAUCCUCAUCAAGAUGCACAAGCUGACCUCAGAGCAGCUCGAGUUCAUCCAUGACAUUCGCCGCCGCAGCAAAAACCGCAUCGCUGCCCAGCGCUGUCGCAAGAGGAAGCUGGACUGCAUCCAGAACCUGGAGAGCGAGAUCCGCAAACUGGUGUGUGAGAAGGAGAAGCUGCUGAGCGAGCGGAACCAGCUGAAGGUCUGCAUGUCCGAGCUGUGGCAGAACCUCUCCUUCCUUUCGCAGCAGGUGUGCAGGGAGGUGCAGGGCGCCCAGCCGCCUCCCGUCUCCGCCAGCAUCGACCUCACAUCCAACCCGCCGUCGCCCGCCUCAGACCGCGGCCCCUCCCCCCCCCGGAUGAGGUCGCCGGCCGAGACCGGGCGUCCGUCCGAGACCGGGCGUCCGUCCGACGCGGGCGCCGCUCCCGCCGGACCGCCGGAGGAGAGGCCCCCGGGUGCGGAGGUGUCCGAGGACUGUCCACUGGUGCUGGGAUCCACUGAGGAAGUAUGUAGCCCCACUGUAACAGUGGAUUUCUGUCAGGAGAUGACUGACAAAUGCACAACAGAGGAACAGCAGAGACACGACUGUACUUAGAGUCUGGGGGCAGAAACACUCUCAUACUUGUCUAUACCUUGAUAUCUGAUGUAUUUUGUCUUUUUGUAAUGGAUGACACUGUCGUUGUCUCAGCAAUACUGUUCAACAGGUAUUUUUGGAUUAGUGAUACAACUAAAGCACUGGCAGCUCUUUCUCUCUUUCUCUUUCUCUCUAUCUCUCUCUCUUUCUGUCUCAGCCUUUUCUUCCUGUCAGCUUCCCUCCCUUUUUGGUGCAUCAUGGGAGGUUCAACUCAGGAAUUACUCCGAAUGUUCAGUAAAGUCGUUGUUAACACAUACAUGCUUUUUACUUCACAGUCCUGUUGAAUCUUGAUCAUUACUCUGUGGUAAACCAUUAAUUCAUAUUUUCACUGUCAGAAAAAAGAUCCUAUUGGCUUUCCUUAUAUCAGAUGUAUGUAAGGAUCAAUAUAAUAUUCACACCUGUGUGUUUUAUACACUUCUGGAGCUAGAAUGUGGUUAGCGUAGCCUAGCAUAAAGGCUCCUAACAUGGGGAAGAAGCUAGGCUAACUCUGUCUCAAAAUGCCCGAUAAAAUAAAUUGGAGUUCCACCCAAGAAUAUUCCCUCAAAACAACAGAAUCUUUAAGUUUUUUAUUAUUAUUAUUCAUUUCCCUUCGGUCUGAACUGUCUAUUGCACUUAGCUUCCACACUAAUGUACUACUAGCUACUGUUAGCUUACUACAUAUUAUUAACUGAUUUGACUGAAGACAGUAUAUGUAAUAGAUUAAAAAAUUAAUCUUUUAUUCAACAUGUAGUAAAGUCACAGCCUAGGUGACAUUUAUAUUCAUCAUUUUUAAAAUCACAAAAACUGCCUUAAAUUGUUCAGAAAUACCAUUCACAGGUAAUAACAUUUGUGCUAUUUGCCCUAAAAUCCCAUUAAAGGACGAAUAGAAAGAUGGACAAAUAAUUAGAGGAU